GCUGAUGGUGUCACAGAUGUCCGCUAACCUGUUGCAUUAAACUUUCAGUGUGGUGUUGAACUUUCCAUGUCAGAGCCCAGGUUUGGUUACACAUGCAGCACCCCAUAUUCUACCAUCCUGAGAGAAUACACAAACAAAACUAGUUUAAUAAUGGCUAUUUUUGCGGAUAAAGCUCGGACUUUUCUGCGCGCUCACGCGUUCAUCUUCAUGAUGAUGGCGUAUGGCCUCUAUAUCAUCCUCGGUGCUGUUGUUUUGAUGAUAUUGGAGCAACCUGAGGAGAAUUUACUCGUUCAAGAGGUCCGUGAACUAAAAGCUCUUUUUUUGACAGAGAACCCGUGUGUUGAGAAAAGCAGUUUGGACAGUUUGUUAAUGAACGUGCUUUCUGCGAGUAAACGUGGCGUGGCCGCACUGAAAUCCGACAGCGUUGAAUGCAACUUCGACUUUACGUCGUCGCUGUUUUUUGUCAUUACCUUCCUCACGACCACAGGUUAUGGCACCACUGUGCCCCUUUCGGAUGAGGGCCGUGUGUUCUGUGUUGUUUACUGUCUUGUGGGCAUCCCAUUCACCAUGCUGCUGCUGUCCUGCCUCACUCGUGCCCUUCUGCCCCGGGUAACACACACUCCUAUUCAGAACCUUCAAGUCUUCUGGGGACUGUCUCGCAACCAUGCUGCGUUGCUGCACUGCAGUGUCCUUGCCUUUUGCACAGCGACAUUGUUCUUUCUUCUACCUGCUGGUGCCCUGUGUCUGCUGGAGAACCACUGGAGUUACCUGGAGUCGCUGUAUUUUUGUUUUAUCUCACUCAGCACAACUGGACUGGGUGACUACCUGCCUGGGAGGACGCAAAGCCAAGCAGCACGUCAGGUGCUGGAGUUCGCAACCUCCUGUUACCUGAUGCUUGGGCUGAUUGUCCUGCUUGUCGUUCUGGAAAGCUUCUGGGAACUCCAGCAGGUUCAAGCCAUUCUGCAUUUUUUCUCUGGACCACCGUGGCAGGGUGAGCUGAAGGGGGAGGGUUUGGAUGAGCUUGUGCUCAGUGGGGACAUGGCAGGUCCACAAGAGGAACCUCAUUACACUCUUCCUAUAUCCACCAUCUCCCCUACUUUCUCAGACUCACUUGCCACUCCAACAGUAGAGCUGCCACCAAACUUUGACGUGCCACCCAUGGCGACCUCCAAAGAAAAUGUUUCCCCUUCACUAAGACCAAACUCCUCCCCAGGGGCCGGUUGCAUAAACGGCUAAGACUAGUCUCACAACUUGAUCAUCACAUUUUUUUCUUUAAGACUGUUCAUAACUGUUUCAAGUCAGUUAUAUAAAAACAUACAUUGGUCUAAUUUGAUACUAGAAAGUAAAACUGAUUGCCCCUUGACUCAACGCUAGUUGGUCAUAAUAAUACUUAAGACACAAUCUUACCAUACAGGGUUUAUGUUUAUGCAACCGGAUCUGUGUCCAUCCACUCCCACUACCACUACAUAACUGAUAUAAUGAAAGUGGACAUUGUAAAAAGUAUAAAUGAUAUCCAGGAAUGGUGUGCCUCCAUAACAUGCAAUACUAGCUUUAAUAACUAGAAGCUGGCAAACACUAGGUGGCCCUAUUUGUUUAUUUUCUUCAAUACUCUUUGGAUUAGUCUGAGUGGUA